CAUUUUUAACAGCGAGAAGCGAAAUGAGAAGGAUUAUAUCAUCUGAAACAGAGGACGAAAAGUUGGGGAUUAUAUCCUCUGAAACAGAGGAAUAUUCAACAAAAUUGGAUGUUGCUGUUAGAAUCGUCCAAAUGGCUUGCUUUCUCUGUCAGAGGGUGCAGGAGAGCUUGAUUUCCAAGGGCAAUAAUCAGGUUAAAUCCAAAGAUGAUAAUUCUCUGGUCACGGUUGCAGGGCACGAAAGAAGGCGUUGGGUGAAAAAUAAGACCAAUCGGAUAAUUUUGCACAGUUUCGGCGCCGUGCAGUAAUCUGGCAUAACUCUGAGAUGAUUCAAGAUGCAUUGCAAAGAUAAGGAAAAACUCUACAACUUUCAUGUUUUGAGUUUUGAUAUAUUCGGACUGCAUUGAGGUCAAAAACAAGCCCAAACUCUAAGCCAAUUCGUAGAGAAGCCUUGCAACAGCCCAAUUCGUUGAAGAGGCCCAAUACGAAUGCAAGAAUAAGAAACAUCAAAGAGUCCUAUCAAAUUCAAUUUUCUAUUGUAUUUCUAGAAUGUUAAAAGAGAUUAAGAUUACCAGUUAAGAAAUAGGAGUAGAUUAGA